CAGAUAGCGAUGUACACUGGGAGAACAGAGGCUUCACUGUAAAGAGUAUGAGCAUCUUAACAGAGCAGGUCUGCUGGCAGUGUUGUUCUUAAUCUGAGCGGAGCGCUGAAGCUUUGGAUACUGUCCGCCCAUCAUCAGCCCGACUUGCACAAUGUCUGACUUUGAGGAUUUCAGCAAGCUGGGAGGGCAGGCGAAUGUGUCUGAAAGCUACCAGCUGAACCCCACCAGUGUCAUUGUGUCGGUGGUCUUCUCCCUCAUAUUCCUGCUGGGCACCAUCGGCAACAGCCUGGUGCUUGCUGUGCUUCUGCGGAGUGGGCAGGUCGGAUACAACACCACCAAUCUGUUCAUACUCAACCUGAGCGUGGCCGACUUCUUCUUCAUCAUAUUCUGCGUCCCUUUCCAAGCCACCAUCUACUCUCUGGAGGGCUGGGUGUUUGGCUCCUUCAUGUGCAAAGUGGUCCACUUCUUCAUCAACCUCACCAUGUACGCCAGCAGCUUUACACUUGCUGCCGUCUCUGUUGACAGGUAUCUGGCCAUUCGUUACCCACUGCGCUCUAGAGAGUUACGAACCCCGUGUAACGCAGUGGUUGCCAUGGUGAUCAUCUGGGGCCUUUCUCUGGUCUUUGCUGGUCCUUAUCUCAGCUACUACGACCUGAUCGAUUACGCCAACAGUACUAUGUGCAUCCCCGGCUGGGAGGAGCAGAACCGGAAGGUGUUGGACACGUGCACCUUUCUGUUCGGCUACGUCAUCCCCGUGCUGAUUGUGAGCCUCUCGUACACUCGAACCAUCAAGUACCUGUGGACGGCCGUCGACCCUCUGGACGGCAUGUCGGAAUCCAAGAGGGCCAAACGCAAAGUCACUAAAAUGAUCAUCAUCGUCACUGUGCUUUUCUGCAUAUGCUGGCUUCCGUACCAUGUGGUGAUCUUGUGCUACCUGUACGGAGACUUCCCUUUCAAUCAGACCACGUAUGCCUUCAGGCUUCUCUCUCACUGCAUGGCCUAUGCCAACUCCUGUGUCAACCCCAUCGUGUACGCUCUGGUGUCCAAGCACUUUCGCAAAGGCUUCAAGAAAGUGUUCAGCUGCAUCCUCAGUAAAAAUGGGAGAAAUAAGGUCCAUGUGGUUCAUGUAGCCAACACUGUGCCUGGGUUUGAAGCAGGCUCCACAGAGGUGUCACAGAUGAAUGAGGAGAACAUACGACAGAAUGAAUGUGAAAUGAUUAACAGGCCGAUCGCAGAGCCACGAGAAGCCACAGUGACACUGAAUUUACCCUUUCAGCGGCAGACUUGACAAGUGAUUCAGCUCUGCUGAGUACAGAUUGCCUUACGUUAAAGACAUUGUAGCUAAUAUUUAUAAGGAACGUAAACCUUUCAUCACUUUUAGCGGCAAACAGAAGAGGAGAUAAAAGGAUUCAUGCACAAACAUAUUUACACAGAUAAAUACAGAGUAUUAAGGUGUAUUCAGUCAGUCUACAACCAAAAAUGUGUUUGUAUUUUUGUCACACACUACGUUCCAUUAUGUUCCACUAAGAAAUACACAAUCAGUGAAUACAAGGUUUGUUAUUUACUAAAAGUAAAAAAAUUCUCAGUAUUUCCUGCUUUCGCCAAUUGCCUUAACCAUGGCUUGCACUUUGGUAUUUAUUUAAGUUCCUUUUAGUGUUUAAGAAUCUACAUUAGUCCAGCACUUGUAAGAGCAGCACAGAAUGUGUCUCAUUACGUUACCACAUGUUUCAUCUUUUGAAAUGGUCCAAAAGAUGUCAAAGGUUGGUGACUGUGGGGGGAAUGUCAUUGGCUUCACUUUGGUUUGGUCAUUGGUUUGAUGCAGGUCUACAAUCACUAUCCUGCUCAUCUAGUCCACCCUGUGCAAGUCUCCGACAAGCCAGUCAUCAGUAUUUCCAACACCAUGUUCAGGUUUUAUGUUGUACUUUUUAUCAUCUUUUCCUCACAUACAUAAGCUCAACUGCAGCUGUGAUCUGAUUCAACCAUUUGGACUAGUUUGUAAAGUGCUGGUCUAACUGAAGCAGGACAUUAUUUGAUCUGUAUCUUUUGUAUCUUGCAUGCAGAUGCUGUUCUGUCUUGUCAAGAUAUUGGUUAUGACUGGUAUAUUUGACUUAUAUAUGUUAUAAACAUAAAAGAAUGUGUGCAAACAUGAUGUUUAGUUAUAUUUCAAUUUCAUACGAGCAUUUAAAAUCAAAAUAAUUGGGUGUAAGAUGCCAGAAGGUAUACAUUGAGUUAAAUAGGAAGUUUAUCAGUAUUUGAUACAUAUUAAAAACAAACAGUUCUUGGUAGAAUACUGAGGUGUUUUUGGACCCCAGUAUACAACAUUGUCUUGCUUUACUUGUAUUUUACAAUGAUUGUAUUCAUGGCAUGUUUCUCUUUGGUGUAAAAUAUUAUAUGUUUAAAUUAAUAUGUUUAUCAAUGAGUGCACUUGAGCAUCUAAGAGUUGUGUAUUUUAAAAGGUGUGUAUUUUGUGUAUUUAAAAAUUCUUAAUGCUGUGAAAUGAUUAAGAUCAUGUACAUGGUUUUGUUUAGUUUCUUUCUCCAAAUGAAAAGCAGAUCCUCAAUAUUUCUCUCUCUCUGUAAGCUUGGGUCCUACCUCAGAGCUGUAAAAAGAAAACAUUUCUCCCCUCUUAGUUGUGUUCUGUUCAAAUUGUGUAGAUGCAAUUUUCCUCUUCAGAGAAUAAUUUCCUAACAGAACAUCCUCCUUUGCACUGACCAAUUUUUGUCCAGUGUGUCUUGUGUGAUUUUUUCCCUUUACAUCUACAGUAUAUAUUCGUGUCUCUCGCUUUUUUUCCGUUUCAUCAUGUUGAGUUUUCAAAUGUAACAGCCUGCAGAUUUUAAGAUAUAUAUAUAUAUAUUUAAAUAGAUAUUUAUCAAAAU